UCCUCCCCCGCGGCCCGCGCCGCGCGCUCUUCCGUCGACGGCUGCUCGGGGAGCCCGGCGAGUCUAACCGUGUCCUGCUCCGUCUGUCCCCGCGUGUCGCCACCCGCCACCGCCGUACCAUGGCCACCCAGCAGAUAGUCCUCCAGGGCCCGGGACCAUGGGGCUUCCGCCUCGUGGGGGGCAAGGACUUCGAGCAGCCUCUCGCCAUUUCCCGGGUCACUCCCGGGAGCAAGGCUGCCAUAGCUAAUUUGUGUAUUGGAGAUGUAAUCACAGCCAUCGACGGGGAGAAUACUAGCAGUAUGACACACUUGGAAGCGCAGAACAAAAUCAAGGGUUGCACAGACAACAUGACUCUCACGGUAGCCAGAUCUGAACAUAAAAUCUGGUCUCCUCUGGUGACAGAGGAAGGGAAACGUCAUCCAUACAAGAUGAAUUUAGCUUCUGAACCUCAAGAAGUCCUGCACAUAGGAAGUGCCCACAACCGAAGCGCCAUGCCCUUUACCGCCUCUCCCGUCUCCAGUGCUACCCCCAGGGUCAUCACAAACCAGUACAACAACCCAGCUGGCCUCUACUCUUCUGAAAACAUCUCCAACUUCAACAACGCCUUGGAGUCAAAGACUGCAGCCAGCGUGGAGGAGACUAACGGCAGACCCUUAGACCACUCUCAGUCUCCAAGCGGUCUCGUCAUAGACAAAGAAUCUGAAGUUUACAAGAUGCUUCAGGAGAAACAGGAGUUAAAUGAGCCCCCAAAGCAGUCCACUUCAUUCCUGGUUUUGCAGGAAAUUCUGGAGUCGGAGGAGAAAGGGGAUCCCAACAAGCCCUCAGGAUUCAGAAGUGUUAAGGCUCCAGUCACCAAAGUGGCUGCAUCGAUUGGAAAUGCUCAGAAGUUGCCCAUGUGUGACAAAUGCGGCACUGGCAUUGUCGGCGUCUUUGUGAAGCUGCGGGACCGGCACCGCCACCCAGAGUGUUACGUGUGCACCGACUGUGGCACUAACCUGAAACAGAAGGGCCAUUUCUUCGUGGAGGAUCAAAUCUACUGCGAAAAGCACGCCCGGGAACGGGUCACGCCACCUGAGGGCUAUGAUGUGGUCACCGUGUUCCCCAAGUGAACCAGCAAGGUCUGCUGGACCACUGUUCUCCAGCCAGUCCCUACUGCAGUUUGUCCUCUGACUGGCUCCCUUUUCUCUUGGAAGCUCUGUGCUUACCUUGGUUUCCUCUCUGCUCACUAAAUGGCGAGUCCCCCAGCCUCUGCUAAAUGACUCACGUUGGCCGUGUGGUGUCUGCUUGUACAACUAACGGGAGGUUGUUUUGUUCGGUGUUCUCCUGCCUGCAUCACCACAUCUCCUUGCCCCAAUUCUUCUCUGCUGCAUAUGGACAUCAGCUAAAUUUGAACCAAACUGAAUUUUAUGUCUGACAUUGAUUUUGUUUUCACUCAAUAAAUUUGCAGACUCCAAA